AUGCCUAAAAAUCCCAGCCCCUUCACACCAUUUUGCCUGCCAUUUCAGAAGAGUCCAGAGAAUAUCCACGGAAGUGGAGCUGAUCAUGUGAAGGCUCAAAUGACCCUAGCCCCUUUGAGCAACACCCACAAUCACAGCCAAAGGUUCCCAUCCGUGACGAGAAGGAAGGUGAAGCUCGAGUACAUAACCAAUGACGCCUCGAGAAGGGUGGCAUUCAAGAAGAGCAAGAAGGGCCUCAUGAAGAAGCCCCUACGACCGUCAGCCAGAUCUAUGGCCAUCUUCCCCAGUGGCCGUCCAGCGCACGUCUCAAGGUUUAAGGAGAUGUCGGACAUGGAGCAGAGCAAGAAGAUGGUGAGCCACGAGGCUUACCUGAUGCAGCGGAUCGCUAAGGCGAACAAACAGCUCAAGAAGCAUGGAAAGGACAACCGUGGGAGGGAGGUGACCAGAGACAUGUUCAAUGCCUUGGCUAGCACAUUCACCGGCACCGCCCCAGUUUGGCCAAGCAAGAGGGUGAUGGAUCUCCAAGACCUUGGGUGGGUGGUUGAUGACUAUGCUAAGGACGUCGUCAAAAGGUCCGACAGCCUCAAGGAGGUCUUGGGGAUCGGGGUCGGUGAAGUUGCGGCACCCCCACCACUGCCGCCAGAUGUGCCAUUGGAGGGAUUUGCUGAGACUGAAAAUGUGGGGCAAGUGGAAGCGGACAAUGGCAUGCAAAGGGAACAAUGGUUCGUGGAUCUGGGGAAUCGCCAAGAGCCCAAUGUGCCAUUCGCUGGGAAUGAGCUGAUGCUGCUUUCAUUUGGUGGCAACAUCAAUAACAACAAUAGUAAUAAUCCCCAAAAUGUUGUUUGGCCAAACAACAACAAUAAGAAUCCCCAAAACGUUGUUUAG